AUGGCGUGGGAUCAGAACCGGACGAGCCCGGGGCCCGGUGGCGGCUGCCCCCCCGUGGGCAUCCAGCUGGAGGGCGUCAUUCUGCCGCCGGUCCUCACGGUGGACGUGGUUCUGGGCCUGCUGGGCAACACGCUGGCUCUAUGGAUCUUCUGCUUCCGGACCAAGUCGUGGAACCCCAACAACUUGUUCCUCUUCAACCUGGUCGUGGCCGACUUCCUGGCGCUGGUCAGUCUGCCUCUGAGGAUCCACGCCUUGCUCAAAGGCCACUGGGUGUUUGGGGACGCCGUGUGCCGCCUCAACCUCUUCCUCAUGUUCUCCAACCGCACCGCCAGCAUCGCCCUCAUGACCGUGGUGGCGUUGUACCGGUACUUCAAGGUGGUCCACCCACACACCUGCUUCACCCGCAUGAGCAGGACCCAGGCCAGGAUGUUGUCGGUGCUAGUGUGGCUGCUGGUGGUCUGUCCCCGCCUGCCCAUGCUGGCCUACAACCACAUCAAGGGCGGCGGAAACGCCACACAGUGCUUCUUCUUCACGUCCUACAAGGAGGCGUCGCGGGGCAUCCUGGUCCUGGUGGCCGUGCACCGCGUCCUGACCGUGCUGGAGUUCCUGCUCGCCAUGGCCGUGCUGAUCUUCUGCUCCGUGCGCAUCUCCCGCGUCCUGAGGGGGCGCCAGAUGGGCAGGGCCCACAAGUUGCGGCGGGCCAUGCGGGUGUGCGUGGCCAUCGUGGUGGUCUUCCUGGUGUGCUUCUUGCCCACCACCGUCACCACCGUGGGCGUGUGGGUCAUCCGCUCCUACCGCCCGUGGGACUGCGGCGCCUUUUACACCUUCACGCAGCUCACCAUCGUGUCCCUGGGCCUCAACUUCCUCAACUCCGCCCUGGACCCCGUGGUCUACGUCUUCUCCAGCUCCAUGUUCAGGAGGGCCCUCCUCGGCGCCGCGCCCCGCUGCCUGCGCUGCGGGCGUGACGAGGGGGAGUCCUCUUCUGCGUCCCAGUCCACCAGCCAGCAGGAGCUCAAGUCUCUGAGGACCAGCAGAGCCAGUGAAGCCACCUGAGGAACAACAAACUUUAUUUGCCGACAACACACUCAUCAGGACCAUCAAGACGUUGUGGACUUCAUCGCCCUCCAGUGGACACACUGCUCAACUGCAGGCUCCUUAGUUCCACUACGCCAGGGGUCGACAACCUUUACCACUCAAAGAGCCAUUUUGACCUGUUUCACAAAAAAAAGAAAACAAUGGGAGCCACAAAACUCUUUUGAAAUUUAAAAUAAAAUAACAAUGCAUACAAAGUUUUUUUUUGCUUUGUGCUAUG